GGCACUCGAAAUAAAAUUUUAAUCCACGAAAUUGUAGUGCAAGUACUGUAUGUUCACGCUCUAAUCUAUAAAAAAACCUCUUUCUUCCUUUUUAAAUGUCUAAAGAUAAUCAAAAUACUUUACCCUAAUAUGGCAAACUUUGAUAAACCUAUCACUAAUUGCUACAAGCUUGAAAAUUGCUCGGUAGAUCAACAAAGUGCCCUUGAGGAAAUAGAGAAUUUAUUCCAAGUGUCUCAAGAUCGGCUAGAUAUUCUUAUGCGUGGCGUAAGCCAGGAGAUGCGUGAUGGCUUGCACUUUCCGGAGACUAGAGACACACAAAAUGAUCUGAAAAUGAUUCCAUCUUUUGUUACAGGUUAUCCGACUGGCAAUGAAAAAGGUACAUACUUGGCUUUGGAGAUUAGCGGGAUCGAUAUAUACGUAUGCCAAGUUCAACUUAAAGGCGAAGGAGGAAAGCUGGCAAUCAACCAAUACCAAUACAAAAUACCCGAUUAUUUAACAGUGGGAGAUAACAUGAGUACAUUAGUCAGCCAUGUUGCUGAUUGUGUUGCAGAUUUUCAACAAAGGGUUGGUUUCACGACAGAAAUCGUAUAUGCUAUGGGUAUAAGUUUGGGGUUUGCUGUAAGACAAACCUGUCUUAACAAAGGACUUAUUGUUGCAUUAGAGCACGGAUUUGAAUACACAGAUGCUAUUGGCAGUGAUAUUGUAGAACUUUUCCAAAAAGGAUUUCAAAAAAGACGCUUGUCUAUCAAAGUAGUGGCUAUGGCAAACGACAGCGUAUGUACAUUAUUAGCGCACGCCUAUCAGCAUCCAUCCACCCGUAUAGGCAUCGUGCAUAGUGCAGGAACUAAUUGUGCUUACUACGACAAAGUCUCGAAUAUGGAGACGUUUUUGUCUCAGCAUCAAGACUGGAUAUCAGAUCAUACACACAUGAUUGUUAAUACAGAGUGGUGUGAUAUCAGUUCGAAAUACAUGCCUUCUAAUAAGUUCGAUGAGAUGGUCGACCUGGGAUCGAAUAAUAAGGGUGUCCAUGCAUUUGAGAAAAUGACUACAGGUAUGUACCUCGGUGAACUUGCACGUUUAAUCUUGGUUUAUUAUGCAGGUCUGGGUGUUCUUUCUUUUGGUAUGGAUGAUGAAGAGUGUUUGCUUCGAUUUCCUUAUCAGUUCGACACAAGCUACAUGUACGUGUGUGAAGCUGAUGAAAAUUCACUGGAAGGGACUCGAGUUGUUUUGGAGGAGAUGUGUAGAACUGGUGAAACUACGUUGGCUGAUAGAGAGAUUGUUAAAAAUAUAUGUGACCUAGUCGGACAGCGUGCGGCAUUGUUUCUCGGUGCAAGCAUAGCAGGUGUUGUUAGAUACAUGGUGUCUGAUGGAAUUGGCCUAGAUCUCGAAGGAGACGGUUUUGCUAUAUGUAAGCUAAGUAUACAUAUAUUUGUUCACUACAAAAUGUACCGACUUUUCAUUUUUGAAAGCUAUCAGCGGAGAUCUUUACAAAGAUUUUUCGUCCUUCCAUCCUCGUGUUUGUGAAACCUUGAAGACUUUGAUUCCAGAUGAAGUUGCUGCGAAGCUAUCGGUGGGGAUUGUUAAGCAUUCUAGAAUAGUAGGUGCUGCUAUUGUUGCUAUGAUGGCCGAAAAAAGAAACAUCAACAAUGACAUGUUUUAAUGUCUAACGUUUGACUCAACAGUUAUUUUAAUUUGGCCACUCUAUUUUUAUUUAUUUUUUUCCCUUAUAUUCUUUUCAUUUAGAAGAUAUAAUUUUUCUUGGCAGGUGAUGUCCGAAAUAUUUCGUCCACAUAAUUUUCUACCAACUUGUAAUCCCGGUAAAAAAAAGAGAGAGAAAUCAUAUAUUAAAACAAGUGGUAUAUUGCUCGCCUGAACCCCUUUACCCCUUCACAAGCUUUCCCACUUGAUUAGUCAUACUUCUAACUAAUGUAUGAUGUUGAUGUCAUAUAGACAACUGACUCUUCUUGCUCUAAAUAAAUUUUGUUUCAAAAAAAAAA